AUGAUACCAACCAUUUUUUCACAAUCAAAACCAAAAACAAUGGUAAUCGAAGGAACAAUUUUUGACCAUAAUCCAUUAUAUAAUGAUAAUUUUCAAACACCACCAGGAAGUGAUGUUAGAAGUGUGGGUAUGGUAAAAACCAAUUUAAAUGAGACAUACAGAAUUCCAAAUUUAUCAUCUCUAGAUAAAACCACAACACCAAAUAGGUUAGGUUCAAUAUCUUCGCCAAGUACUUUUCCAAAUUUUUUCCUUUCAGGUCGAGAUUUACCACUCACCAAAAACUCGGGUGCAAACAUUCCAAUUAAUAUCAAUAUCACAUUAACUUUAAAUGAAAAGACUAAUUCAUAUGUUUAUGAUAAUCAAGAACAUUUCCCAAUCGAUUUUAUUGGUUAUGAUGUUGAUCCAAAAUUACGUAUUUAUAAAAAAGGCAACACCUAUCAUAAUUUCCAUUUUUGUUUAAAGAUAAAUAAUAAAUUUACUUUUUCAGGAAAUGAAGUAUUCAAUUUUAUUGGUGAUGAUGAUGUUUGGGUAUUUAUUGAUAAUAAAUUAGUUGUAGAUCUUGGAGGUAUUCAUCCACCACAAACUCAAAAUAUUAGUUUAUCAGAACUUGGUUUAACUCCAUCAAAAGUUUAUAAUUUUGAUUUCUUUUAUUGUGAAAGACAUACAGAUGGUUCAAGUAUUAGAAUUGAAACAACUAUUGAAGCAUAUUGCCCAUGGUAUGAUUAUUGUGGUGUCUGCACUGGUGAUGGCUCAGUAUGUUGCAGUCUAAAAAAUACAAAAGAGGGUCAAGUUUCAUGUGAUGAUAAUGAUCCAUGUACCGAUGAUUCGUGCCCAGAUCCCAAUAGUGGCAUUAACUUUGAUCAAAUUAAAAAAAACUGUAAAAAUACACCAAAAGAUUGUUCACCAUUAGACAAGUGUUCAACAAGAUCCUGUAGUCGUGAAAAAAAUGGUGAAUGUGUUUCCACACCACUCCAACCAAAAGAUAGAUCCAAUGAAUGCUUAGAUUAUGUUGGAUGUGAUCCAAUCAACGGUUUUAUUUAUAAAUCAAGAUGCCAAGGUAAAUGUGAUACUGGCAAGUGCAAUAAUGGUGUAUGUCAACCUAAAACAAAUUCAACAUGCAGCAGCGAGUUAGGCGGUGAUCUUUGCAGAAACUACUAUUGUGAUUCAACGGCUGGUUGUACCUCUAAACCAAAAUGUGAAACAAGUCCUGAUGUAUGCAAAGAAACUAAAUGUUCCGCCGGUGUAUGCUCUUAUCCACAAAUCCCACCCGAACAAUGCAAUUGUGAUUGUAAGUUAAACAAAUGUCAAAAGAAUAAUUGUGUUCCAAAAGGCGAUGGUACAAGUGUUUGCUCACCACUUGAUAUUGAUGAAUUGGAUGAUGGAAAUCCAUGCACAAUCGAUGAGUGCGAUCCAAACACCGGUAAAGUUACACAUACCCAAACUGAUAAGUGUGGUGGUUGUAUGAAAUGUGAUCCAAAAAGUACAGAAGGUGAUUGUGUAUUAAAUGACGAUAGUUGUGAAGAUGGUAAUAUUUGCACCGAUAAUAAAUGUACAAUAGAUUCAAAAAAUAAAAAUUUAGGUAUUUGCGUCAAUUCAUCAGUAGAAUGCGGUAUCAACGAUAGUAACAAAUGUUUACUUUGGAGCUGUGAUCUUGAAAAAGGUUGUGUUUCCGAAAAAUUAGUUUGUCCAAAUAAUGGAAAUUGCCAAGUCGGUGUAUGUAAUGAAAAGACUGGUUGUUAUUUAGAACAAAAGAAUUGUACAUCCCCAGCAUUUUGUAUUGUUUCAGAAUGUGAUGAAUCAGUUGGUUGCAUUCAAUAUGAUCGUAGAUGUGCUAGUGAUGAUAAUAGAUGUAAAGCUGGUGUCUGUGUUAAUGGUACUGAAACAACCGAGGGAGAAUGUCGUUCAGUUAAUUAUGAUCCAUUACCAUUUAUUUGUAAAACUGCUGCUGUAGUAUCAACUGCUGUUAUUGCAGGUGUCACUGUUGCAGGUGCUGUUGCUUUGGGUAUUUUCUUAUACGGUGGUAAAAAAGGUUAUGAUUAUUGGAAACAUUCUCAAAGCAUUAAAUUCACAAACUCUUCAUCCAAUCCAUUAUAUGUUCAAUCAUCCAAUGCAGGCACCAAUCCAUUGUACAGCGAAGAGGGUGCUAAUGCUGUACUUUAA